AUGCCCAACGAUAAGUUCAUUUUCGUUAACGCUCCGACCAUCAUCAAUGCGGGCCCGCGAGAUGCUCGGCGUGAGUUGCGUUCUCAGUUGAUGCGCCGCGUAUAUUUCAAAAAGUAUCAAGUUAGUCCUCCGCCCAGUGAGGAUGAUCUUGCCAAUGUGAACGAGGAAGAGUCUGUGAGAAGUCCAAAAUCAGGUCGCCGUGGGCAUUCUCUCGUGAAUACCACUGUUAGUCCACCAGCAGAAUACGACACCGAAGUGAGCCAGACGCUGCAGGAAAAAUAUGGCCUGGUAUUGAGGAACUCGCCUGUCUCGAAUCUACCCACGCCGCCGGAUGACAACGAGCAAGAUGUGCCCCAGCCAGAUAAUGCGAUGCACCAAGUAUCGCCCCCAAAGCCAGCAAAUGCGCGAAAAAAGACCCCCAAACAUAUCAUGCGAACAAAGAACCUUUAUGUGGAUAAAAACAAACAAAGGAUUAUGGGCGACCCAAAUAAGAUAGUCGUCGCUUCCUUCACUAGUUACUUCGAUUAUGCAUGUAACACGCAAGACAGUCCAAAUAGCAAUGUGUUGCUUCAACACUAUACUCGGGUCAUAUUACCUGCGCUGCGCGUUGCCAACGAAUGGCGUCAAAAUAUGUUCUUAGAAUAUGUGCAGGCUAACCCCGAGCCGUUGUUAUUUCACACACUUUGCCUCACUUCUUCAAUCCACCUAGACAAAAUUAUGUUGUGGAAUGGGGUCGAAGCUCAACGACGUCAACGAGAACUUGAACAAUCCCAUUACCGAUAUACCUGCUUGCGCGAACUACGAAAAGCACUCAUAAAACCUAAAUAUGGCACCGUUGGAUUUGACGCUAUCCUCGUGGGUUUAUGCAUGCUCGCAAUUUGCGAUCCGGUGGGCGAUCUCCCUGCCAGUGUUGACACGAUGGACCACAAUCCGUUCAGCCAUGCCUUGCUCUCUUUGGGUGCCCUAAAUAUCUUCGGAUACGAGCCAAUACAUCCUGUCCAUUGGAAAGGCUUGUUAACUUUGAUAGACCAACACGGAGGUUUUGACAGCCUUCGAAUGUAUGGCUCGAAGUGGAAAAUUUCUUAUACGGCUUUGAAAUACUCCACCCAUACAGACACGAAACCGGCAUUUCCUGUUUGCAACGAACGCGGAGAAUCACUGGUCAAUUUCACGCCGUUGGAAAUUCUCCAUAUAUCCCCGUCAAGCUUACCUUCUAUUUCAGGUACUGGAUUUCUGGAGCUCAAUUGGUUUUCGAUACGAAAUUCGAUCCAGCGGACAUUCGUUGAGCUUGGUCAACUUGCAGAGAGUAUGCACAAGUUAAUGCCACAUCGUGAUGAUGUUGUAGUACGAGAUCGUCUGACUGACGCUCGAAAUUUAAUUCAAUAUCGGUUUUCCAAUCUUCCCCUGAUGACGGGUGACCCUCGCCUUAUAGUCGAUCUGUCGACGGAUGGAAAAGAUAAGGAUAUGAACACUUCUUCCACGAAAAUAAUGGAGAUUGCCUCCAUUGUUUAUGGGAUGUGCUGGCUUGUUGGGCACUUAUUUACGACUCAUGUUACAUUUCCGGUUCCUUCUUGCCGGCGUUUUCGCGUCAAAACUGUGCUCCCACUUCGCGAACUUGUGGACAAAUGUGGACACGCACUGAAAUGUCAUCCGGUUUUCAUGAAACUGCAGCUGUGGUGUAUGGUCAUUGGCGGCAUCGCUGCGGAGGACAUAGAUACAGAUCUUCGUCAGUGGACGGUAAUACAAACUCGCAUUUUGUGUUAUAAACUGGGUCUUCAAGACUGGGAAGAAGUUACGACGGUGAUGAGAUCAUUUGCCUGGAUGGAGUCUGCUUGUGGAUACGGUGGGCGGAAAUUAUGGGCGGAGGUGCAAAAUUGGCCAUGA